AUGGAUGCUUCCAUCGCCUCCUGCAUGAUGCGGGAACUGCUCCGUAGAGUGUUGGUACGACCUCUACCUGAGGAGAGCAACGGGACCGAGUGGGAGAGGCACAGCCGAGGCUCCAUCAGGGCUGUGAACACGCUAUAUGAGCUUCUCUUUGCUGUGGAGUACUCGGAGGCUGUGGCUCAACUCCUCCCCCAGCUCUUCCUGGCCUUCAUCAUCCAGAUCCAGUAUGUGCUGGAGCUGGGCCUGGUGGGGGAACGAGUGGUCUUGGCCGUGGAGCCCACCGUCCCCUCUGCCCUCAGUCCCUGGAGGACGGCCCUGGAGGCCCUGAGGGGGCUUCUGUCCACCAGAGGAUAUGGGCAGAGCUUCAUAGCCAUGGAGUUGCAGGAUGGCUGGCACCUCUUCUCAUCCCGCAACAACUUCCAGGAGGCCGUGGCCCUUCUGGCCAGGACCCUGGUCCAGAGCAGGUGCCAGAUGGUGGCCGACCUCCUGCCAAUCGUGGCCAGCUCUUUGCAGGAGAAAGACCCGCAGGGCCGGAGUGUGGCCAUGGGGCUGCUGGCCGAGUUGAUCUGGACCCCCGGCCUGAAGACUGUCCUGGAUCCCAAGGUCGUGCGGUUAAUCUUCCGGGACGGCCUAAAGGACCCCGACCCCGUGGUGCGAGUCAUCAGCCUGCAGGCCCUCACCAGCCUGCCCCUCAACCACGGCAAGCACCCACUGCUCCUUGCUCAGCUCCCCUUCCUCCUGGAGGGCAUCACCCAGAAGGACCAGGAGGGACUCCUAGUGGCCAUGGACGCGGCGACUCUCAGCGUCCGCAGCCUGGGCAGUCGGGGACUCGGCCACCUCCUUAAGGAUAUCGUCCUCAUGCUGAACCCGUUCUUUGACGACGAGAGACCCCAAGUGCGGGUGGCAGCCCUGGAGCUGCUGGAAGCCGUGGCCUGCAGCUGUGUGACGGUUCCAAAAUCCCGUCUCCGUCAGAAGCUGAUCUACUGCCUCCUCCCCAUCCUCUUCCACCUGAAGGACGAGCACCCGACAGUGGCCAAAAAAGCCAGAUAUACAUUCUUCAGGCUGGCCCAGAGUAUCGGCGGGAGGGACUCCAGAGUCCUCGGAUGGAUGUUGAGGUGGGAAGAGAGGGAGAGCAGGGCCUAUGGUACCAUCUGGAGGGCCUUGAUGAAGAGCUUUGGGGACUUCCUUCCCAUUUUCUUGUCCCAAGCUCUGGCCUAUACCAACUGCAUCCAACCAGAUGUGAAAUUUGCGGCCGUUGUCUUCCUCGUACACAGCAUCACUCUCUAUCCCGCAAGCCCGCUGCUCUCCUACGAGACGUAUAAAAUCAUUUUCCAGAAAAUUGAAACUCUGAAAAACGACUCCUCGUCCAAGAUCAGCAGAUUCCUGAACACCUACGAACGGAGAUUGAAAGAGAACGAUGAACCGUUCUUCCUCUGA